ACCGUGAAAGCAAUCGCACCCCCCUCCAUCCACAGCCCCCAAGGCAAAUACUCGCACGUCCUUCUCAUCGAAGGCCCCCACAAAACCAUCGAGAUCGCCGGCCAGGUCGGCAUGAAGCCAGACGGAACCAUCCCUGCCACAUACGACGAGCAAGUCCAGCAAGCCUUCCAGAACCUUAAGGCCUGCCUGGACUCCGUCGGCUCGUCCACACAACCCAUCAUCACGCGACUUCGGUACUAUAUCGUCGACUACAACCCGGAGAAGUUCGGUCCGCUGCGAGAGGCGAGAGAGCUGAUAUUCGAGGGGUAUUCUCAUCCGUUUCCGCCCAGCGUGUUGGUCCCAGUUCCUGCUUUGGGCGAUCCGGCGUUUCUUGUUGAGGUCGAGGCGUCGGCUGUG